GGAAGGUUAAUCACGGCUCGGGGAACUAAAAUAGCUACACAAAUGUGCAAUGCCCGCUAGCUACAUGGCCCUAUUCUUUCCAUAGUAAUUCAUCCAGCGAAGAGCACUUGUUUUACGUGAAUCAUACCUAACCCCGCGUUGCUUGUACCACCUCAUCAAUGAGCCAAUUAGGUCGAUAGUAGCUAUGUGCCUGGUAGCUCCUUCCCCUCACGAGCGAGGACGGCGCAAAGCGCUUCGUAAGGACUUCUCCCUGAUCCUACACUCUCAACACUCGACACGUCGUCAUAAUGGCCCAAGAAAGACCCAGGAAAUGCGAUCCAGCUCUGCAUCAAUGGCGAGCACCCGAGAUCCUUCAGCCACUCCAUAACAGCAUUCCUCGGGAGCUACUGGCUCGAUUCGAUCCUAUUUACAUUGAGUACUACUACAGAAAUAACGUGGGCCGUCUGCAUACCCACGAAGUACCCAUUGAAGAGUUCCGAAAGAACCCAGCUCGGUACACGAUCUCCUACGGGCGUGCGCCCGGCCCGGAUGUCUACUGCAUCUCAGAGCAAAAGUGUCCCGUGCAGGGAGGAGAAAUCACCAUUCGAAUCUUUGAACCUGCACCCAAGAAGGAUGCGCAAGGCCAGCUGAAGAAGAGAGCGGCCUAUGUGAAUUUUCACGGGGGUGGAUGGGUCUUUGGAGGGCUGAUGGUUGACCAUGACUUUUGCAAAAGAAUCGUCCACGACCUUGAUGGAGAGAUCGUUGCAUUUGAUGUAGACUAUCGGCUUGCGCCUGAACAUCGGUAUCCGAUCCCCGUGGAGGACUGCUGGGCUGCAAUCAACUGGAUUCGUUCCCAGAAAGCGGCCGAAUUCAAUCUCGACCCAGAUCGAUUCGCCGUAGGCGGUGCAUCUGCUGGAGGCCAUCUUGCUGCGGUGGUGGCUCAUCUCUGUCGCGAUGCGGGUAUCCCUCUACGACUCCAAGUAUUGACUGUUCCAGUCUGCGAUUUGCAUAGCACCUUUACCCCGGAUGGUGAUUUCGAUCGCAAGAACUGUCCGUACGAGUCAUACCGGGAGAUGGAGUUCACGGCUGUUCUUCCAGCCGCGCGAAUGUCGUACUUUCACCGACAUUUCCUCGGAGUGCCUCGACCAGCACCCUCUGAAGAUGACUGGAAGAUCUCGCCCAUGUUGGCCCCAAAUUUCUCGAAUCUGGCUCCGGCACUGGUGUCGACAGCGGAACUGGAUCCGUUACGCGACGAGGGCGAACUUUACGCCGCUAAGCUCGAGGAUGCCGGCAAUCGAGUCGAGAUCAAUCGAUACGAUGGUGCUCCACACACAUUUGCUGGACUGGAUGGUAUCCUGGACUGUGGGCGUGAUUACAAUCACAGCGUGGUUGCGGCGAUGAAGGGAGAGCUUCUCGCAUAGAGGAUCAUGUUGGAGAGAUCUGCUCAUUCUAUGGUGCCGUGAAGAUAGCUUCCGUUAUCGUUAGACAGGCGGAUUCAGGACAACAAAACAAGUCAAGAUUCAUCGUGGGAGAAUUGUCAGCUGAUGGAGUUGUUAUUUGAUCUAGGGAUGAACGUAUACCUACGUAAUUCCCUGCUACCCUGUUUACCCUGUCCAUCCUACAACACCCAUACCUACUAAGAUAUUUUAGGUGCCAAAAUAUCGACAAC